UAGUUAGAGAAAUAAAGUUUCAACUUUAAGUUGGUGUUUCACUAUCGGCGAUCGAUCCUAGAGCUGAGCCGAAAAUAUACAUGGCCCUAUUCGAGCAAAAGUAAACAUCAAUGUGGCAAACAUCUCUAACAAGAAGAGACAAACCACAGAUCGACCUACAACUACAGUCCACACCUAACAACACCAUCAACAACCAGACGACACUGGGCCCGAGAGACCUGAUCUACACAGCCAGGACAGCCACAGAGCAUCCAGCCGCGACAGAGCCACCGAGCCAACCAGAACAAACGCAGCUAGGACAGCCACAGAGCUUCCAGCCACGACAGAGCCACCAAGCCAACCAGAACAAACUCAGCCAGGACAGCCACAGAGCAUCCAGCCACGACAGAGCCACCGAGCCAACCAGAACAAACACAGCCAGGACAGCCACAGAGCAUCCAGCCACGACAGAGCCACCGAGCCAACCAUAACAAACUCGGUCAGGACAGCCACAGAGCAUCCAGCCACGAUAGAGCCACUGAGCAUCCACUGAAAACCGUAAAUUUCUCCUAGUUAAUGCAAACAUUAGCCGAUUGAUGUAAGUAAACCAAACUUUUUUUUUUGAAGUUAUACUUCUUUACGAUCGAGAGUGAAAUUUUAUAAUGGCGGACGCAUGCGCACACAGACAGUAUGUAGUUCGUUGCUAAUCUUUCAAGAUAUGUAUGUAUCAGCGCUGUCAGCGCAAAUAAGUCAUUAAAAGGAUAUAUUA